AGCAGCAGCAGCAGGAGCGGAAGAAGGUGAGGCCAGGCAUAGACCAGCAUGCCGUUGGUGAAGAGGAACAUCGAGCCCAGGCACCUGUGCCGUGGGGCACUGCCAGAUGGGGUGACCAGUGAGCUGGAGUGUGUCACCAACAGCACCCUGGCAGCCAUCAUCAAACAACUGGGCAGUCUGAGUCGCCACGCCGAGGACAUUUUCGGAGAACUGUUUAACGAAGCCAACAGCUUCUACCUGAGGAUGAGCAGCCUGCAGGAGAGGGUGGACCAGCUGGCUGUGAAAGUCACCCAGCUCGACUCCACUGUGGAGGAAGUCUCCCUGCAGGAUAUCAACAUGAGGAAGGCCUUUAAGAGCAGCACCAUCCAGGAUCAGCAGGUGGUGUCGAGGACUUCGGUCCCCAACCCUGUGGUGGAGAUGUACCAUCGCUGCGACAAACCUCCACCGCUUAACAUUCUCAGCCCAUACAGGGAUGACAAGAAGGAUGCGUUGAAGUUCUACACUGACCCCUCUUACUUCUUCAACCUGUGGAAAGAGAAGAUGCUGCAGGCCACCGAGGACAAACGCAAGGAGAAGAGACGGCAGAAGGGCUGUCCGGCCCACCCUGACAGGCCCCACUCCAGACAGGCCCCACCCAGGAGCCCCCUGUCCAUCUCUGAGCAACAGAGGCAGGUUGAGGACCCGGGCAGAGAGGUGAAAAAGGUGCGUAAGGCUCGUAACCGGCGUCAGGAGUGGAACGUCCUGGCCUACGACAAAGAGUUCAGACCAGACGCUAGGCUCACGCCCUCCCCUUACCACGGCAUGUCCUCCGAAGGCUCCCUUUCCCCAGACAGCAGAUCAAUGGCGUCUGACUCCUACCCAGCUAGCCCCAACCACCCCUCAGCCCAGGCCCCCAGCACCGCCCACCCCACGGACCACCUCGCCAGGGAUCACCUCAGCGCGGCGGUCCAGACUCAGUCACUGGAUCGGGGCCUCAGGCCGGUCAGCCAGCCCCCUGUGGCUGGAGGGGCUGCGGCGGCGGGGAGACACGCGGCCUCCUUGGGCAGGACCCCCUCCGGACACGGGGUCCAGGCCGGCGGAGAUCAAACGGUUAAUGGGCCGAGGCAGCCGUCGGUUAAGGAUUACCGGGCAGGACAUGGUGGCCAGCCCUCCACCAUCCCAGAGUACUAUAUCCCACCUGCCCCUCCCCCCCCUCCGACCAUCCCUUCUGCCCAGACGGCCUUCGACUCCACCACGGCCCCGCCCUCCGCCGCCACCUCCGCCGUGCCCCCCACCUCCUCCACCCUCUCCCGCCCCUAUUCCCCCUCCCCUCCUCCUCCCCCGGCCAACUACGUGCCAUCUCCCUCCCACCCCCCUUCAGGUGCACCCCCUGCCGCCCCUCCUCCUCCUCCACCUGGAGCCCCCGCUGGCCACCAGGCCCACCCAUCCCCACCACACGCUGCCGUGGGCCAGGCGGCCGUGGAGGCGGCGCCCCCGACGAGGAAGUCCACCAUGCUGGGGAUGAUCCCGAUGAGCGACGCCCGCUCCGACCUGCUGGCUGCCAUUCGUAGAGGUAUCCAGCUGAGGAAGGUGCAGGAGCAGAGGGAGCAGGAAGCGAAGAGGGAGCCCGUGGGCAACGACGUGGCCACCAUCCUAUCGCGCCGUAUCGCAGUGGAGUACAGUGAGUCCGACGACGACUCCGAGCUCGACGAGAAUGAGUGGUCUGACUAAAGAUGUUAGAAACGAAAAAGAAAAUAGAAAAAAAAAAAAAAAGAGUGAGAUAGAAAACGUGGGCUUGGUGGGUGGUGAUGACCGGGAAGUAAAGGGGGAGAAACGUUGUGACACUGAGGUGGAAAUGAAGGGGUUUGGUUGGUUAAUCAUUGACAUUUUAACAAAAAAAACCCCCAACAAAUUCAAUUAAAUCCAGUCAUACAUACAUUCAUUUACACACACAUUCCAGAUUUCCCGUUGCAGCCUCUCUGAACAGUUAAGCACCUGCACAGCAACGGAUCGGUAAAUUUCCGCUUGCUGGGUUGCCCCUGACGACGCCUAUUCUUGAACUGAACUAGAGAUCUGUGCGUCUAACCACCCAGGGCGUGCGCCGCGAUAAACACACACACACACACACACACACAUAUCAACACCCAUCCACACAUUUUUAACCACCAACACUCAGCUGUGAAAAACAAACGCGCCAACCCCUCCCUCCCUACAUAUUUGGGUUAUGAUAAUUAGCAAUAUUGUAGGCUGUAUUUGAAACCGUAGGUAGGCGGGCGCCGUGUGAGUACGGGGGUCAUGUGUUUACAAAACACGCGGUAUAGCACAAGAAAAACUAAUUAUAGUGCAAUCUUAACUUGUCUGCCAAAUGUUGAGAAAGAAUUUAUGAAACAAGUCAUGGGUAAUCAGGGAAAGAAAAUAGUUUAUUAAAGGAUUAUUCCGCUUGGCCGGGCUGUUCCUGUUUACAAAACACGUGCAUUCUGCACCAGAUUUGUGGGAGUUUGGUCGUCUUAACCAACGUGAAACAAUGAACUCAGCACCGAAUCAUCUCUGUGUAAUGACCUCUGGCUGGUGUGCAUGCUAACAGCUGAAUAUAUAUCACGUUGGCUAACUGCAUCCUUACCAAGCUUGAUAUAAAUGUGUAAAAUCUUGUUAAAAGAUACAUGAAAUGAGGGACGAAUGUGCUUUUUGACAUUGGGUUGUAAAUGACUCGAGCCGAAAUUAUGCUUCUCCAAAGAUACAUGUAAACAUCUCCGCAAACCUACGCAGAGAAGGGUGUUAUGGGUAACCGUAGGUUGCAGAGGAGCUGACGCGCACAACUCCCAAGUCUCAACAACGCAUUGUGGGAACCUGCGUGUCGAGCACGCUGACUGGUUGAUCCAGCCUCCUGUCGGGAGGUGGGUUCGAAAAACGGAAAGGAAGACGCAGCAGGUAGAGGAUUAAUCGAGGUUGAUCAUGCACGUGUAAGAGAAACACACAAGCGAACGUCUCCAAACAUCACCCGAGCACGUUCGCUUGUGUGCAGCACAGAGAGGUACAAUUCCAGCUUGAACAAUUUAUAUUCUUCUCUUAAAACAUUUAAUUUAAAGCCACAGAGCAAAAACCAAUGCCAGGUUUGCUUUGCGGAAAAUAUGUAUAUUAAUGGAUAAUGCUAUCGUCUACAAUUCCUUUAAGGCUCUGUUUUUUUGUUUUUUUUAAAACAACAAACGAAAAGUAAAAUCACAUACAUAUCUAAAGAGGUUUACUCACAUGUUACAAAAUGUUUGUGUUUCUCAAGUGAUCAUAAUUCGAAAUACAGGCCUGUUUUCCUGCUGUGCUUACAGCUAUAACUGAAACCUUAAAUAUUAAGAAGUUAGGUGUGAUUGUUGUCUCGUGUUAGUCCCUUUUUAAUAGAAGACUUAUCAAUCAAUUAGGGGUAAAAGAAAGCUCCAUUCUUUUGUUUUCAAUUUUGACAGUGAGGCAACAACCGUGUUAAUAAUAUGGUUUGUGCCUUUAAUGUCCUGUAUAUUAAUGCAUUGACAUUUUGGUUUAAUCUUUUAUUUCAACAGAGAGUUUCAUCAUUGAGAUCAAAAGAGGGCAUUGGCAAAUUGCACAGACAUUCACAACAGACACACAAUUAACAUACACAAAGCAGCGGCUACACAUUGAGACAAAUAAUCACGAGUAACAUUCAAAAUGCUGCGGCAUAAUAUUUUCCUUUUUUUUUUGAAGAGCGGUUUUAAUUUGAAAACCUUUUUUGUGACUCAUUCCAUUGGUCCAGAUGUUUGUAUUUAAAUCCAGUUUUUCAAUCCAGUUCCUGUUGUGCUGCUGUAAACGCGGGGCGUGCAUCAGGCAGCAGAGUCUACAGAGAGAAACGUGAUGCUGGUUCCUCCAACGUUUCCAACGUGAAGGGAUUAGAAGGCCAAACUCCCAUGAAAUCGGUGUGGUCCUUGAACAAAUACCUUUUUAAUAUUGUGACAUACAGUAGUUCUCCCAUUGAGAGAGUGCAAUCAAACUGUGAUGAAAGAUGCCACCCACCAGGAUUACACUCAUCAUUCAGCCUCCAUAUCACAGCACUGAACAAUAAAGCGAGCAAGCGAGCUUAUGCCAUUAUUUUAGUAUGUUUUUUUCUUUUUUAAUUUUUUGGUCUUUUGCAGUCAUUCAUAACUCGAAGCCUAACAUUUCAGCCAGUGACUGUGUGUUGUGGUAUUAGUCUUUAUAUAAACGCUUCAACACUUAACCACAACCAGAGCCGCACUCACAAAGCUUGUCAUCCUGGGCCGGGGUCAAAGGUCACAUCCACUCCUUCGCCUGACCUUGCGCACCCUCAGCGACCCUGGGUCAGCACUGCUGUCUGUGGAGGCUUUGUGAAGGCAGCCCCUGGACUAUAAAUACAUAAGUGUAAGAGACUUGCAACAGUAAUAUACAGUAUAUUAUCUAUCUCUUUUCAGUAUAGGUUUGGCUAAACCUCAGUAUGAGCUGAUUGGACUGUAGUGUUUUUUAUAAUGUGGUUUUUUCUUUUUAAAAAUGUGCUGCAGUGAGUUGUUCACUUUUGGUUUAUCUUAGGGUUUUCUACUGCCAAGGCCAGGAUGUGAAGGUACCGGAUAAAACAGUUUCAUUUGUGUCAAAGAAGCAGUUGAAGGAUGAUUCCAACUUUUUCUUUUUUUCUUUUUUACUACAUUCACACGAUUUAUUAAUCUGCUCUAGAGCCAAAGGAAGUAUCCCACGAAAGCAGGAUUCAAGCAGUAUUUAAUGCUCCUUUUUAUAUAUUUCCCCUUUGUUUCAGUUUUCCUAACCAGAGCAUCAGUGAUUUCUGAAGAUGUUUUUUUGCAGCACAAUAGCAAAGCAUUCUGGGAAGUGUAGUGUUGCUCAUCCAUCUGGUAGCACCGCAGCAAACGUUGAGCCUCGGUUGUAUUGUUCGAAGAGACGCAGAUGCGUCUUUCAGUACGAGAGAUAUUUGGCCGUACUGUUUAAUUUUUAGACUUCACCAGUUGUUUUUUUUAUUUGUCCAAUUGUCUUUACUUGAGCAAAACAUGCACUUCGAACAGUGUCUGACAUGGCGGGAACCCAGUCCCACCGAAAGGCUCGCACUGUUCUAUCCAUGAAACUAAACUAUCCUGUUAUCUACUGUGUGUACCGUAAAUGACCAGGCAUUAGCCACGUUUUCUCCCAUCGUGCAGUGAACAUCGGAGCCUAAUCACACAAAGAAGAAACAGACUACGGUUCGACGUGCAGUUACAACCUGCUUCACAUUGUCCCAAUUUUUAAUCAAGAUAUAUCGAUGUCGUUUGACCAGCAAAUAACCAAGUUAAUGCUUACUGGGUAAUUAAACUCAUAGAUGAAAAAAACAAAAGUGAACCAAGCGGAGAGCAGGCGUCUGUCAAAUACUUGAGACUUUUUUGAGUGCAUAGUUGCUGCACAGGUUAAAGGUUCUUACCACAUUGGUUUAUUUCAGAAAAUGCCAAGAUUUUGCAAGGGAUAGGGCUCAAAAGUAGUUAUUUUGUGUUUGUACAUAAAAACCACACAGUAGUUGAGGAACCAGCUCACUCAGUAGCUGCACUGUGUUGAAGGAUAUAAACUACAACUGGAUUAAGGACUGUGCGAUACGUCGAUGGGUUCUUGGUUGGUUCUCGCUGAUUGUUUGGUAAAGGUUUCAAGGAACUGUGGCAACACCUGCGCUUAUGGACAUUAUUGCUGAAGUAAAAAAAAAAAAAACAA